GAAGCUCUUUAUCGAUAUUCUCGUGUCAUUUUUUCGCUGUCCUCGUUCUACGGACUUUUUUCUCGUCGCCACCAUCUUGAAUCAACCUGGCUUCUUCAAAAAGUCUGUGUAUCGGACUCGUCUAGCUCGAGGACGAUUUGAGAAGUUUUUACAUUUCCGGCAUAUGCCCGUCAUCGAUAUCCGCAUUUGAAGUUCGCUCUUUCUUCCCUUCAUUCUGGGAGUCUGCUUACGACUGCAGCAAAGAAGAAGAAGAGCGACGAAGACGAGUUUCGGCAGCAGCAGAGGAAGCACUUCAGGACAGCAGGGAGUGAACACCACGGAAUGACAUUGCCCAGCAGUGCACGAGUUUAUGCGGACGUCAAUUCGCACAAGCCUCGUGAAUAUUGGGAUUACGAGAAUUAUGUCGUAGAUUGGGCCAACCAGGAUGAUUACCAGCUAGUUCGGAAACUUGGCCGAGGAAAAUACAGUGAAGUGUUCGAAGCUAUUAAAAUAACCAACAAUGAAAAGUGUGUGGUGAAAAUUCUGAAACCAGUAAAAAAGAAGAAGAUUAAACGGGAAAUCAAGAUUCUGGAAAAUCUUCGUGGUGGCACCAAUAUCAUCACUCUGCUGGCCGUAGUGAAGGAUCCGGUUUCUCGUACGCCGGCUCUGAUCUUUGAGCAUGUGAACAACACUGAUUUCAAACAACUUUACCAGACCCUGACGGAUUACGAUAUCCGGUACUAUUUGUAUGAACUGCUGAAGGCAUUGGAUUAUUGUCAUAGCAUGGGAAUUAUGCACCGCGAUGUAAAACCGCAUAAUGUUAUGAUUGAUCAUGAAAAUCGGAAACUGCGGCUUAUUGAUUGGGGCUUGGCCGAAUUCUACCAUCCCGGACAGGAGUACAACGUUCGUGUUGCUAGUCGCUAUUUCAAAGGCCCUGAACUGCUAGUCGAUUAUCAAAUGUAUGACUACUCACUCGACAUGUGGUCACUUGGGUGUAUGCUUGCCUCUAUGAUCUUCCGGAAGGAACCAUUCUUCCAUGGUCACGAUAACUACGACCAAUUGGUGCGUAUUGCCAAGGUUUUGGGUACGGAAGACCUCUUUGCGUAUCUCGACAAAUACAACAUCGAGCUAGAUCCACGCUUCAAUGAUAUCCUCUCAAGACACUCUCGGAAGCGAUGGGAACGUUUCGUGCACUCCGAGAAUCAACAUCUAGUAUCUCCAGAAGCCCUGGAUUUCUUGGAUAAACUACUUCGUUAUGAUCACUACGAACGUCUUACAGCAAGGGAAGCUAUGGAACAUCCUUAUUUUGCGGUCAUCGUUAAUGGCCAGAUGCCUCCACCAUCGUCCUCUACGAAGGGAAGCAAUCAAUAAUUGUAACCACAUCAAAUAAUUACAAUAAAUGAUGAACUAUAACAUUAAUUACAAUGGUAAAACAAUAAAUUUAUAAGCAUAUGAUUCAAUAAUUCGAAUAACCAGGGGAAAAACAACUAAAGAAAGGCCAUUAGGAGGAGCAUGACGUCGAAUAUUGUUCGGAGCAAGAAGAGACACUCGAUUCUGAUCAAUCCAAGUUGAUACUCCAAAUUGUCGUUGGCGAUGUGCAAAAUAUAACUAUGAACAAGGAAUGAUUGUUUUCGUCAUCAGUCGUAGAAUA